AUGGAUCACUCGCUGCCUGCUGCUGCAGACUGGCGUGCAGCAACUAAUACUGCCUACCCCGACGUCGAGCUUCCGCGACAUCUCGGGGAGGAGGAGCAGGAGGAGACCCCUGGUGUUGUGUGGAGCGAAAGGCUGCGACACAAACUCAGAGAUAUCGACAGUUCCUUGGCCGUUGCCACGAAUAAGCCCGAAAAAGAUAUGGCAAUUGAAAUUCGGGGAUCUCGCACUGUUCGUGUCGCAUGCAGCUCUCGCGAGGCUUGGAGUCUGUGGAUUAAGGGGUUGCUGCUGUUGCACGACAAGGCACUGAGAGGACGCUGCGCUAACCCUACAGGCGAUCUUAUUGCGCUGGAGUGGCAGCUCGCGCAGAAGGAUGCUCACGUGCCCACGGCUUUGCCUGAUCUGAUCUCUCUCCCUGUAUAA